UCAGACCAGCCAGGCCCCAAACUCCCAUGAAACUAUACUUUUUCACACACACUCUCCCUCAAAAGCCUCCACAAGAACUCUUUCACUUCCCGAUACCGUCCCCAUAUGUCUCCGGCUCCGUCCACCGGCAGCCUUUCUAGCUAGUUAGCUGAAUCCCGAUAUCAGAGACGAGAUGAGAGCUGGGGGCAGCUGCACCCUCCAGCAGGCCCUAACCCCCGAGGCUGCCGCCUUGAUCAAGCAGUCCGUGACCUUGGCCAAGCGGCGUGGCCAUGUCCAGGUCAGCCCUCUCCACGUGGCAGCCACUAUGCUCACUGCCUCCACCGGCCUUCUCAGGGCCGCCUGCCUCCGCUCCCACUCCCACCCUCUCCAGUGCAAGGCCUUGGAGCUGUGCUUCAACGUGGCCCUUAACCGCCUCCCCGCUGCUGCUUCCGGCCCCAUGUUUGGGAUUCAUGGUGCUGGCAACUCUCACCACCACCACGUCCCAUCUAUCUCGAAUGCACUCAUAGCUGCCUUCAAGCGGGCCCAGGCUCACCAGCGACGAGGCUCAAUCGAAAGCAACCAGUCCCUCCUAGCUGUCAAGAUCGAGAUGGACCAGCUCGUUAUCUCAAUCCUUGAUGAUCCUAGCGUGAGCCGAGUCAUGAGGGAAGCAGGCUUCUCUAGCUCCCAAGUGAAAAACAACGUUGAACGCGCCGUCUUAUUGGAGAAAUCCCCAAGUAGUCCUGCCAGCUCGGUGCAUGAUACCACCGAUACCGGUUCAAUGGACGCCAAUAUUAACAGUUCACAGUCUAACACUCCUUGCCUACCUCCCUCGAGCGAAAAUGGAUCCAAACAAGAUCAUUCAAGUAUGCCAUCUCGGGUUACCGAAGAGGAUGUGAUACACGUGAUGAAGUCCCUGAGGGAAAAAAGGAGGAAAAGCAUCGUGAUCGUUGGAGAGUGCACUGACACUAUCGAGGGGGUAAUUCGAGGAUUGACGGACACGAUAAGGAACGAAUCUUCAUCGAACGAUGUUGCUCGAUCUUUCAAAGGAGUGAAAUUCGUAAACCUUUCACUUCCUUCUUUCGAGCAUCUCUCUAGAGAAGUUGUUGAGCAGAAGCUUGGAGAUCUCAGGGCCCAUUUGAGAAGUUAUCAGAUGCUGAUGGGCGAUGACAACAUUAAUAAUGGAGUAGUACUGUUCCUGGGUGAUCUAAGAUGGGUUGCUGAAAAUCGGGCUAAUGCCGUGGUCGAGCACUUGGUAACAGAGUUCGGGAAAUUAAUCUUCGGAGUUGGAGAGGAUGAAAAGGUUUGGGUUAUGGGAAUGGCCACUCUUCAGAGUUACAUGAGAUGCAAAAGAGGAUACCCAUCGCUGGAGAGCGUUUGGCGUCUUCAUCCUGUUGCUGUUCCCGUGGGAAGCUUAAGCUUCAGUCUCAUUGCCGACAGUGAUGUCGAGAGUGGUUGUGCUUCGAUGAAGACAGGUGAAACUGGCGCAUCAUCGAGCGGUUGGCUCCAACCUCUCGGAGUAGGGAACCAGCAGCUGAACGAGCAUCUCAGUUGCUGUGUCCACUGUUAUUCAGAAUUUGAGAAGGAAGCUCGAAGCUUGCGAAACAGUUCAGCUAAUGGCAAUGGCAAUUCUACCAGUUCAGCUUCAAGCCUACCGCCAUGGCUUCAGCAGUACAAGGAUGAGAAGAAUGUAUCUGUUUCCCGCAAUGAUGAUGAUCGGGAUUAUGCUAGGGACCUAUGGAGAAAAUGGAAUUCGAUCUGUAGUUCAAUCCAUGGACAACUCCAAUCAUCUGAAAGAUUCCCGAAGUUCUCUUCCCUGCCACCUUCUCCGUCUUCUUCAGGUUUUCCAUAUGAACCAUCUAACCCUAAUCAGAUUAGGGCAGGCCAUGCUGCCUGGGAUAUCGACCAAUCGGGGAAUGUGAAUCUUGAACCCCAUCUAUCUCGCCAUAGUUCUCUUCCCAAUUCGGGUUCUUCAAGUGAUGAUGUCAUGGAGAUAGAGUACUUGCAAAGAUUCAAGGAGCUAAAUGCGAAGAAUAUGAAGCUCUUAAUCAGUGAGUUGGAGGAUAAAAUCCCGUGGCAGAAAGAUGUCAUUCCCGAGAUCGCGACCACGAUAUUGAGAUGUCGAUCCGGGAUGAUAAAGAGGAAAGGAAACGUAAAAGAAGACGGUAGCCAAGGUAAAAAUGAAACGUGGUUCCUCUUUCAAGGUGCUGACAGGGAAGGUAAAGAGAAGGCGGCUAGGGAACUUUCUCGGCUCAUAUUCGGUUCGUACGAUAGCCUCGUCUCCAUUUCACUCGGCAGACAGUCACGAGAUGAAAAGAGUUGCAAUGGCUUCGGGGAAUUUGCCGAAGCUGUGAGUGAUAAUCCCCACAGGGUCUUCGCCAUUGAAGAUAUUGCAGAAUCUGAUCGUAAUUGUCGAGCCUGUUUCAAGAAAGCGAUGGAAAGAGGGAAGCUCGACAAAUCCUUAGGAUACGAAGUUGAUCUAAAAGACGCAAUCAUCAUCCUAAGCAGUUCUGGGAGUUUGAUGUCGAGAUUGAGAGAGGGCUCUCCUACCAAACCGAGCUCGGGAGAUGAAGAACAAGAGACAAACCCUAGCUUGUCCCUCGACUUGAACAUCUCCAUCACCCACGGCAGUAGCGGGAAUGAUCACGGUCAUGCAAACGACAUCGAAUUCACUGAAUGUGUCGACAAGCUGGUCGUUUUCGAAAUUCAAGAGUUGUAGCAUAGUGAAUACUCUCAAAUGGGUUGUUUGUAUGAGCGAGAAUCAAUUUACAUGUAGACAUUAACAGACUACGGAUCAGUUUAAUCCCUACAGUUUCACUAUCCACACAGCUGAUGGCUUUAUCUCGUAAAUGGAUCUAUUUAUUGUAUUCA